AUGUCGUUUUCCAAUUCCAAAGAUAAAUCGAUUGUUGCCGUCUACAAAUUAGUCAAGGCACCAAUAUAUUCCCAUUGCUUUUCCCAAGAUAAAUCCAUCUUGGCCAUUACAUGCGAAACGGAUUGUUUGGUGUAUAAAGUCUCAGGAAGUCAACCUCCUGUUUUAUUCGCCACUUUAAAAGACCAUGACAAGACCAUCACCGCAGUGGACAUUUCUGUUCAUGGCCGUAUUGUGACCUGUUCUCAAGACCGUAAUGCUUACGUUUGGGAGCCAUUGAGUAACGGGACCUACAAACCCACUUUAGUGCUUCUACGUAUUAACAGAGCCGCUACUUCAGUUACGUGGGCACCAAGUGGGUACAAGUUUGCUGUGGGGUCCAGUGCUAGAGUUAUUGCCGUUUGUUAUUACGAACACGAAAAUAACUGGUGGGUGUCCAAGCACAUCAAGAAGCCCAUCAAGUCUACCGUCAACUGUUUGUCGUGGCACGACAAUGGUGUACUAUUGGCUGCUGGUGGUACUGAUGGGUUCAUGCGUGUUUUCAGUGGAUUCAUCAAAGGUUUGGACUCCAAGGAAUCCGUAGCCGGGUCUCCCUGGGGCCAAAAAUUUCCGUUUGGUUCCUUGAUCAAGGAAUGGUAUAAUGGUGCUUACAUCCAUGAUGUGGAGUGGAGAAGUCAAAUGGAAAGGAUCGCGUAUGUAGCGCACGAUGGUACUUUGAAUGUUGUCGAUUCCCAAUCUGCAGUACAAUCUGUCAAUGCUCCAGAGGGCCUACCAUACAGAUCCUUAGUGUGGAUCAACGACCAUGAGAUUAUUUGUGGGGGGUAUUCUUGCCACCCGGUCUUGUUCAGCGAGGCCUCUGAAGGCUGGAAGUUCGCCAAGAACCUAGACAAAGCCGAUAAUGGCAAGUCAUCUGCCCUGACAGGAGCAGGUAACAACAACGAGUUGGAUGGAGACAACGAAGAGAACGCAACAUUUGGUAUCUCUGCGUUGAGAAAGUUCAAAGAGCUGGAUCUGAAAGGUAAAGUCAGCACUGAUGUUCAAGAAAGCGCACAUGAAAAUGCUAUUGUGGAGUUGAGACCUUUUGCAGGAUCCAAUGGCCAAGUUACGCAAGUUUCUUCGUGUGGGCUAGACGGUAAGAUUGUCAUUUAUACAAUUUAG